AUGUCCCUCGUUCCAUAUUCAUCGCGGGACAGCCGCGAAGUCGUGCUCCGCCAUAAUGAUGCCAUCGUCAUUCGUGAUCCCCAGACGCAACAGCUGAUUCUUCGGGGCGCCACCCCAUCCCCUUCCUUCUCCGACUGUCCAACAUGCCACCGACCCUUUCGAAGCUCCUCUCCAGAGCGCCAAUCCUCCCCCCAUCGCACUCCAGAGCCAUUCAUUAGCCCUGAAUACUUUCGUAUGCUCCAGGCUGCGAAUGGCAGAACCGACGAGUACAAUCCUCCUUCAAGUCCAAUCCGAAGACUCGUAGAACCGGGGGCUGCUUCGCCAUCCAGUAAUGUAGGAGCGUCGGUCUCGAAUGCCGAAUUUGUCACCAGUACUCCUGAUCCGAAUACUGGGCAUAGUAUAAAAAAGGAAGCUUUCAGUCCGAACUAUUUCAAGACGUUCUUCACGGAGGAGAAGGAGCUAGGUAGGGGUGGAAAAGGUGUGGUGCUGUUAGUGAAACAUGAGUUGGAUGGAGUGUCAUUGGGACAAUUUGCUUGCAAAAGGGUACCCGUUGGGGACGAUCAUGCGUGGUUGGAGAAAGUCCUUAUUGAAGUACAGCUUCUCCAAGGAUUGUCCCAUCCAAAUUUGGUCUCAUAUCGACAUGUCUGGCUGGAAGAUGUCAAGCUCAAUCGAUUUGGACCUUCGGUUCCGUGCGCUUUCAUUCUACAACAGUACUGCAAUUCGGGAGAUCUCUUGCACUACAUUGCCGGAUCUGCACCGUCUGUGGUAAGUACAAAGGAGCGAUUCAAGGCGCAGCGGAGAGUAUCACGUGGGCAAGGAGAAACUAUGGGAGAUGCGAGACCUCAACAGCGAAAGCUCUCAUUUGAGGAGAUAUAUUCUUUUUUCAAAGAUAUCACAUCUGGCCUUGCACAUCUCCAUUCUUCGAAUUACAUCCAUCGUGACCUCAAACCAAGCAAUUGUCUAUUGCACCAAGAUGGAAACGAGAUACGUUGUUUGAUUAGUGAUUUUGGAGAAGUACAACCAGAGAAUGUCGUUCGCAAGUCUACUGGGUCCACUGGAACAAUCUCGUAUUGUGCCCCGGAAGUCUUGAAAAGGGAUCAUCUUAAUCGUUAUGGAAACUUUACAACCAAAUCUGAUAUUUUCAGCCUUGGGAUGAUUUUGUACUUCAUGUGCUUUGGAAGGCUUCCGUAUAAAAGUGCAGACAGCAUCCUGGAAGAAUUCGAAGAUAUCGAUACUCUAAGGGCCGAGAUUAGUUCAUGGAAAGGAUUUCAAGACGAGCGACGCGAGAGACCAGAGUUGCCAAACCAACUUUACAACUUUUUGAAACGGUUACUGGCUAUCAACCCUGCGGAAAGACCGAGUGCUAGCGACAUUUUACAUGCUAUUCGAACGGAAAAGGGACUCGAAAAUCCACGUAAGAGACCUAGUAGUGCUUCGGGUCUUGGCGGUCGGAUCCGAAAUAUUGAUUCUCCAAUGCCGCCAAGUACACCUGUUCAUGAACCCAGUAAACGUGAUCAUUCAGGUGCAUACUUAGAAGAUGCACCAUCAUCAGAGGAGGCCUCUCCAGAGUCAUCACUGGGCACUCAACUGGCAACUGAAUCUGAUCACGCGCAAGCUUCUUUAGAAAUUCAAACCAAUGGGUCCUCACUCGAGCCAAAGAUAGCAACUCCACUUCUAAUGCCCCCACAUUACUCACGCAUGUCGACGUUAAAUCACCAACUUUCCCUCUAUCAGCAUUAUGUUGUCUCAUGGGCAUCUCUAAACCAGCAAACUUUAUAUAUGCUGCUCAGAAUCAGCAUUUUCGGAACCAAGGUGUUCUCGCUCACCAAACCCUGUCUACCUGUGAUGCCGAGGGAAACGAUUUGGUGGCCACUGCUUGGCAUAGCGGCAUUAGAUCUAGCAUUGGGAAACAAAAUCCGCUGGAGAGUGAUGGGUUUACUGGCCAUGGUUCAUGUUAUCACUCUGUUUAUCGUCGUGAGGUUUGGAAGAGGUUUGUGCUCGGAGAUGGGAUUCGAGAGAUGGGAGCUUGGUGACAACUGA